UCAAGUUCCGAAUAUUAUCACAUUUUGAUUUUGAAGGCUUAUGAAAGAUGUCUUAUUCUCCAUCUUUUAGGACACCGAGGAUAUUGUGACUCUUCUCAGCAAAAGCCCCAAAAACCAGAUGGCACCCAUGCAGCAAAAGGCUGAGUCGAGUGCAGAUCUGUUCUCAGCUCUGAAUCAACUGCAUGAAAUCAUUUACAUGAUGCAAGGGCAGGGUGACAGCAGCCUGCACUGGGCUUAUUGCAGCUCAUUCGUGUUCUACUCGCUGUGCCAUCUGGCUCUGCUGCUUGAGAAUGUGGGCGAGAAGGCCUUCCUGAACCUCGAGGAGCUGCAGCUAGCCCGGAGCAAUACAAGCCUGAUGCUCAAGAUGGCGGAGAUGGUCUCCGUCAGCCACACGGUCCAGAGCCCUGCACCUGUGUCUGCAAAGAAGAAGAAACAAAGCUGCAAGCUCCCUUGGUGGUUUGUGUUUGUUGGUUGGACGCUUCUUUUUGGCAUAAGUGGGGCGUCUACCUUCUUCACCCUGCUGUACGGCUUCCAGUAUGGGAAGGAGUCCUCUGUUCAGUGGCUGAUCACCCUGACGCUGUCCCUCUUCCAGAGUAUUUUUAUCAUCCAGCCUCUGAAGGUUGUCGGUCUGGCCAUCUUCUUCGCACUCAUCCUGAGACCCGUGGCAGUGGAGGACAAUGGAGAGGUGGAGCUCUUGCUGCAGGAACAACGGAAAAGGUGCGAGAUGUUCUGCGGACGGCAAACGUCAUGAUGUGAGGAUGGCCAGCGAUGCUGACAUUCUACAUUUUCAUUCCUGAGAGUUUCAUGUAGAAGAUUGCAAGUCCAGUCUUUUGUAUCAGAAUGCGUUGUAUAUGUCUGGAUUUUCCUCAUAAAUUAAAUGUUGUAUACAGUUCACUAGCAGUUUUCUGCAGAUAAAUCAUACCCUGCAGUUUGUAAGUAACUGGACAAAUAACACAGUCUUUUUUAUGUUGAAUUUGUACACGCUAAAUUUAAAGCAAUAUUUAGUGCAGACUGUCAGCUUUAAUUCAGGGGUAUUUGCAUAUUAUUGGGUGAACAAAAUUGAACACUUAGUUCUUUUUAUCUAUAGUCCAAUUGUCCCUUCAUUUAAGGGGAACGCAAGUAUUUAGACAAAAACAUGUUUAAAUACUCUUGAAUUAAAACUGACAUUAUGUACUUACACUAUUCCAUUAAUUCACUAUGCCGGAGUACAAAGCCAAAACAACAAAACAUCUCACUGUUCAGUUGCUUAUGGACUGCACUAAAUACUUAUUAUAUAUUUAAAAGUAGUUUUGUUGUAUACAACAAAAUUUUCAAUAACUUCAUCUGACAUGCUGAUGUGUAGCUAGACAUUCAAUAUUCCAAGAUUAGCAGAGCAAAAGAAAAUAUGUUGCUGCACUUUGUAUAGUCUAGUAUGUGAGAAGAGAAAUGGACUGUGAACAUAAUCACAAAAUAGACAAUUUUUUUAUAGUUUUAUGGAUUUUUUGAACUUAUAUUGAUGUCUAUUCUAAGGUCAUAAACUUCAGUACUCAUAAAAGAAUUUACAUGCUUUGUUUAAAUGUCAGUGGAAAGAAAAUAUCCUUUUUUGGCAGAGAUAACACUCCUGUCUGUGGAGUUUUAUAUUUAUCAGAGAAGAGCUUUAAACACUUUUUACCUCUGUAUGAAGAAUUCAGGAAUAAAGAGCUUGUUGCAUUUUAUUGCG